AUGAAGACUCCUACUUUUUUGAUAGAAUCUCUUCGAAGUCAGUUCAUGGAUCGAUAUUUACCCGACCCAUCCCACGAAUGGGAGAAAUCAAGGUCAAAUUCAUCAGGCAACUGCAAAGAACUAGAGUGUAUCCAGAAUGAUCAGGGGGAACAAUCUUCUCGCUCUUCGGGUUCUUCAGCUGUGGACAAAACUAAUUCAAGAACCGCAAGUUUGACAAGAAGCACGAGCUUCAGUGCAGUUAUUGAAGAGAUGACUCCUGAAUACAAUGUGGUGGCUGAAAGUAUGGUUACCAAGGAAGUUGAAGGGGAUGCUUCCGGAAGAAGUCUUCAAUCCAAAUCAGAAUCAGAUAUCAAAUCUUCGUGCAGACAAGAUUCUGAUGAGAAAGGCAUGAAGCAGACUGUGGGGAGUGGGGGUGUUUUUAUCUAUUCUCCAACCAGAACACUUAAAGAAAUCAUGAGGGAUGAUCUUAAAGAAGAGUACAUCAGAUACAUGGCGGAGACACCUCGAGCCAUUGGAUCAGCAAAGGAAGAUAAUGACUGGGAUUUGUUGUUUGAGGAGCAAAGAAGGAAGAUAAUAAAAUUGUGGGAUGAAUGCAACAUUCCAUUGAUUCACAUGACCUACCUUUUCUUGCUCAUCCAAGGCGGUCCAUCUGAUUCCGUCUACAUCGAGAUCGAGCUCCGCCGACUAUCCUUCCUCCAGAAAGCAGUACAUCACGCCUCAAGGUUUGCUUACACAUAUGAAUCAUAA